AAUAAAAAAUUGUGCUGUCUUUUAAAUUCUUCGUAUUUUUACAAUUUCAUUUCUUAGAAAAAUUGUUAACAAUGUGUGAAAAUUUAAGCCCGGAUCGCAUAAGAUGCGAGGCAUGCCGAACCAUUAACCUAGCAAAGCAUAUAAACCAUCCCAAACCAGACAUGCAAAUCUACGAUAAAUGUAGUCCAAUACAGAAAAUAGAAUGUUCUCGUGUUACGGAACUUCCUUUACAUCCGACAUGCAUUAAAGUUUGCACAAAGGAAGAAUACAACUUAAGAAAAAGUGGAAAGAAACCAGCAUUGCCAAAAAUGCCUUAUGCACAUGGCAAACUAAUGUACGCUGUUAAAGCUGGUAUCCUGGUAGGCGCUGUUUACUUUACGCAUACACAAGGAGUAUGGGGCGAUCAACGAGACGUAACAGAAUGCAUUCGACGUUGGCAGGAAUACAUUCGCAGUAUCAACACUAGGCGUCCGCCCACUUUUGACCAGUGUGGUAACGUCAUAAGAAAAGAAUCUUCUGAGAGUCUUCUGGCACCACUGUACGCCUUGUACAAAAGUUUUGUUACAACGUGUUUUUCAGGUGUCGUAAAAGUACCUUUGAUAAUCAAAUGUGCAUACAUUGAUUAUCUUAAAGCUCUAGAAAGACGACAGGCUGAACUGGAUAAAGAACGAAAAAUUAGGAAAAAAUCCGGUUGAAAAUAAGUGAUUUUUGUAAGAUAUAAAUGACAAUAUAAUAUAAAAUACUUUGAAAUAUGUACGUUUUGCUAUGAAACAUGUGUAACAAUUUUUUGAGAUUUUUUUUAAAUAUAUUUUGA